AUGGCGGCAGCUUCCUGGCGAAGCAGCAUGAGGAGCGUGUGCUCUCAUCCCACAGGCUUCAGUAAUUCAGUCUCGGUUCUUCCGAACCCAUCCUCGUCUAGUAAGCCGAAGAGGGGGCAGUCAUCGAAAGGAAGAGCAGACGGCAGCUCAGGACCCCUGGGGCCGGAACCACAGAAUGAGUUCGAGUUGCCUCGGGGCUCCCUGGAGUCCCAGCGGUGGCGGAGCCGGAAGAUAGCAGCGAAGCUUCAGGCCUUGCUGGGAAACUUUCAGAACCCGGCGCUGGUCUCGAAGAUGCCCUGGGUCAGGAGCCAGCACAAACAGUCCGAACACAAGAUUCCAAGCUUCGUCAUGUCCAAAGAUGACCUGACGCAACUUUUGAAAGCAGAGGAGGCUGAUCGUUUCCACAUUGCCGAGCGCCGUGCACGCCAACUUCGUGCAGCCGUAACAAUCGAUGAUCAGGCAGCCGAUGAGCUGGACAUGGAGCGACGCGGGGUCGAUGCGGUGCAGAUUACCAGCGACCUCAACCCAGCGUUUGCUGAUGGACUGGUCAGGUUUGGCGUCCUGAGGCACGAAGUGAAGGAGAAGGCCGAGGAGCGCAGGGCCAAGGCCAACCGGUUGUUGUCUCGGGUGGCCGCGGAGGUACGGCACGGACAAUCGAAGAGAAGGCUGAAGCGAGGCAGAUCGCGUGGCUUUGAGGAGAAUUUUGAGGAAGUGGAAGUCCCAAAGGCGCCAGCGCAGGUUGAGGAUGAGCGAGACGUCAUGCGCCGUCAUAGACUCGAGCUUGAGAAGCCGAUUGCCAAAUUCGACAAGUGGGUAGACGGCCACCUUCGUCGCCAAGGCCUCGUGAGGCCAAAAACGGCGCCAGCAAGGAGCCGUGCCUCUUGCAGCAGCUCCUUUGCGUAG